GACUAUGUAGACUUUCCCAAUGCUUGCUCCCUAGUACCACCAGACUUUCUUCCAGUGCACACACCUCCCUGACCAAUCCUCCUGCCUUUAAGCAUCCCGGUCCGGAACUGGUAGCCAAGUGGCCCGGGAGGUCUGCUUUGCCUGGUUUCACCAAGCCAAGAGAUGACUCAUCAAGCCGGUUCCCGGGCUCCUUGGGGCUCUGGCAAGCAACAGGAGAGGUGCCCUCCCUCCCCGUAGGCCCGGCGGGGCGGGGCGGGGCUCGGCCAGCCUAGGCUGGGAGCGGGAACCGGCAGCGGGAAGCGGCCGCCACCCGGGCAGCCAAGGCAGGGCGGGGCUGGGCGCCACGGGAAGGGGAGGCCAGGCUGCCUAAGGACCGAGCGACCGAGCCACUCUCGCAACGUCAGCCACGAUGGGGCUGGAGACCGAGAAGGCUGAUGUGCAGCUCUUCCUGGCUGAGGACGCCUACAGCCACCACAGUGUUGUUGACUAUGCAGAUCCCGAGAAGUAUGUCGACUCGAGUCACGACCGGGAUCCUCACCGACUCAACUCUCAUCUCAAGCUAGGCUUCGAGGAUCUGAUUGCAGAACCUGAGACUACACACUCCUUUGACAAAGUGUGGAUCUGCAGCCAUGCCCUCUUUGAAAUCAGCAAAUAUGUGAUCUACAAGUUCCUGACGGUAUUUCUGGCCAUCCCCUUGGCUUUCGUGGCUGGUAUCCUGUUUGCUACCCUCAGCUGUCUGCACAUCUGGAUCCUAAUGCCUUUUGUGAAGACCUGCCUAAUGGUCUUGCCUUCUGUGCAGACGAUAUGGAAGAGUGUGACAGAUGUUGUCAUUGGCCCAUUGUGCACAAGUGUGGGACGCACCUUCUCAUCUGUCAGCGUGCAACUGAGCCAUGACUGACCACUCAGACCCCAGGUCCACAAUCUGGAUACUGUACAACUUGGUUGGUGUAACACAAACGCACUACUGUACUCUUUCCUUCCCAACUGUUAUAAUUAUUCUUAAGAUGGAACCCAGGUUUAUCAAUGUUUACUGUCAGAUCUUUACAAAUAAUGAUUUUCCCACUAAAAGCCAAGGAGUCUCUAUCUAAUUAUAUAAUGAGAAUUGGCAACACUCAAUGUAAGAACUGACAGAUUUUUGCUUUAGGAAAAAUAUAUACAUUUGUAAUGAUCACUUGAUAAUGGUCAAAGGGCAACUUCCUCAGACAUUAGAGUAAUUUUGUGCAUAACUUCUCAUAAAAGUAAGGAAUUUCUCAUUUCUUUUCCUCUAAGGGUAACAUUAUUAAAGCUAUUUUUACAGAUAUAGUUGUAAGGCUAGCUAGAGGUAAUAUAUUCCAACAUUCUAGAAUCUUUGUGCAGUAACAAAAGCUAUACUUAUGAUAAUAUCAAAUAUAAUACUACAGAUAAAUGUGAAAAUGUGUUCCUCUGCAAUAUUAUUAGCCUACAAGUCUAUUUAACAAGAUGUUUUGGUUUUUCGGUAUAUUGUAUACCUAAUGCAAGUGUUAGUCUAAUGAAAUUGCUUUGGAGUUUGUUUUUCUCCUGUUUACUAUCUUAUUGAUCUCAUAUAUAAAGUAAGCAUAGCUACCAUAGAGUAACUUUCUUUGUAAGACUGUGAUGUCGUAUAUGAAAGUGUUUAUAGCUUCUUUGGAAUGCAGUGUAAAAUGUGCUGUCUAGGGGUCCUCUACAACUGACCCAGCCAAUGUUUUGUAACUGGGCUUCAUCUGGCUAUGACCAUAAGACAUGCUCUUUUGUUUACUAGAAGUUUUCUCCUGAAUAGUUAGAAACUUAUUCUGUAUUCUACAUUCCUAUGACUACUUCAUUUACUUUCAAGUAAUUCUGGUGCUAGUUAAUAUUUUUAUGAUAAAGGCUAUAUCUAAGAUCUAAGCACAUUUUUUACUUCAGUGGCUAAUGUAGAGAAUUACCAAGUGCGAGGGUUUAUAAAACUUAAGUAGACAUGUAAAUUUAAAACUAACACUUACAAAUUUUCAAGAUAUUCUCUGGUUAACCCAUAAACAUUAUUUCCUUUUUCAAUUCUAGACCUAUUUUAGCAUUUACUCAGUAUGGCUUUUUAAUAAAUGCUGCAUAAAAACUUUCUACAUUAUAAUUAUGCAAUUUCUCAAAUUUCAGAAUUAUUAUCAAAAACCAAAUGAGCAUUUUCUGGAAUAUGCUUACGGGUGUCAAAUAUUCACUGAAUGAAGAUAAACAAUUUUUUUUCAAAUUUUCAAUUCUGGUCAGUAUUAUAGGUGAUUGAUUCGAGAUUCUAUUGCAGACCAGACAAAAAUAUAUCAAAAGACUAAGUUAUAAAACUCAUAUAAAUUGGAUGGUAAUCAUAAAAGAAACAUUUCAAAACAUCCUUAGGGUAUUGUUCCAUCCUUGGAAGAAGUCAUAGCUUGGUAAUGGCCACAAAGCAUCACCAUUUAUGUGACUAUGAACAUUGUAUCAUACCGGUUACCAAGGUCAGUCUCAUGGCUUUAUAUUAUUUUUGGUAAUUUAAGUAUUAAACACCUGGAUAUAUUGAUUUGUCAAAAUUUUAAGAAUAAAGUAUCAGUUUAAUAAAUUAUAAGCUUCAACAUUUUUAAAUAAUUUUGGCAGAUUUUAAAGGCAAAUGUAUAUAAUUAUAUAUAAAACCUUUAAUUUCUAAUAUAUAUGAUUACCUUUUUCUGAAUAAUAUUGAUUAUUUUCAAGUGAACUUUUAUUGAAACUUGUCAUGAAUUAUUUUGUCUCAAAAAAAUCAAAUUAUGGAUAAAAGGAAUCAAAGUUAAAUGUGCAAAUGUGCAAGUUAAAUGUUCUUUUUGAGGGGCAGUUGGAAGUCAGAGGCUAAGAAAUUCCCUCUUUAUAUAAUAAACAUUUUUAAAAACA